AGAUAGAAAGAUAGUAGAAUUCGGUUUAUAGCGGAUUUUUCAUGUUCCUCACUGUCGAGGAUAUACCCGGUGUAGUCACUAGUCUCCGUGGUUAACAGAAUCAGUUCAACAAGAAACGGAACAAAGAAAGGCCGUUAAACACAUAAAUAGUGAAAACAAAAGUUUGGUUUCUUUUUAAUAAACUAUUACGGUCAGCAGCUGGGAAUGCUGCCAUCUUUAAAGUUAAAAGACGAAGAUCAGCUUCUUAUAGCGGCCAGCUGUAACAGUAACAGCUUCCAAACCUCAACUGGAAGCAGCUUUUAUACAAAAGCCUCAGCUGGGAGCAGCUUUGUUCGAAGCAGUUCCGAAGGGAGCAGCUUUGUCCGAAGCAGCUCUGAAGGGAGUAGUGGUGAAGGGAGCUAUUACAGAGGAUCCUCUCUGAAUCCUAGUAUGCUCCUUAAACAGGAGUUUGAUGGAGAAGAGGAGAGAAUAGCCUCCUCAGAGGAGUAUGAGUACCUGGAAGGGGGUGAGGAGGGGGAUAUGAUGUAUGAAGAGGAUGGAGGGCCAGUUUAUCCAGAGGGAGAACUCCUGAAGGAGAAUGAAGGUGUAAUCAAGAAGAAAAGGAAACCUGUAAACUUGAAUAUACGGUGUCCAGUUUGUGGAGGCCUGGCACCAGAUCAUCUGCAUUUUGGAGGCCAAUGUUGCUACUCCUGUCGUGCUUUUUUUCGACGGACGUCGCAGCGACCAAUCUCCAGUUUCCGGUGUCGUGGUGGUAAAAAUGAUUGUGUUGUUACUUCCGGAAGUAAAAGUUGCAUUCCAUGUAGGCUAAGGAAAUGUUUGAAGGUUGGUAUGGACCCUACACUGGUCCGGGGCAAGAAGUCUGAGAAAGGCGCGGAGGAAGGUGACGACGACCUAGAAUUACCUCUUCCUCCCCUCGCCCCUCUGGGAGAAAUGAAUGGAAGCACCUGGCUACAGUUUAAAGCCGAAAUGAUGAAGUAUCAGGGCUUAAAGCUACAAUACCAGGCUAAACUACUCUCCAAGCAGGCCAAGCUGAUUAGCAAGGACCAGACGGACUCCAACACCAUCCUUGAGGUUGAGAACAUGAAGCAAGGAUUACAGAUCGGCGGAUACAGACAUCAAACCGACACCAAUCUAGAUUUUUCCCAAGAAGACUUUGCGGAUUUUCCAGCCCUUGGACUCAUUCCUCGUGAAGAUCAGUUUACCCGGCGGCGGGAUGAGUCUACCCGCCAAGGUAUAGUUUCCUUGGAACGGCGGUGUGAGGAACUGGAUUUUGUAGAUCGUUCUUCAAUCUCUCAGGAGUUGAAUUAUACACCUGGAUCUUCUCCUGGAUCUUACCUAGUCAAAUAUUCAUCUGCGCCUGUCCUGUAUCCAGUCGAUCAAACCAGGCUCAUCUUCUCAUCUGCAGCUAAUCAACCAAUACCCUCAUCCAACAUCUUAUCAUCCUCAUCCAUUCAUCCAUACCCAUCCUCGUACAGUCAUUCCACUUUCUCAUCCGCAUCUAGUCAUCCUGUGUUUCUAUCCUCAUCCAGCUACCCACUAUACUCAUCCACAUCCAACCAAUCAACUUUUACAUCAUCCAAUACGACUAGGUGUGAGAGACCCUUAGAGCACUGUAGAUCCGUCCCAAGGAAACAAAACAACUCUGCUGCAAUAGAAAAAUACAACAAUUCUGCUGCAAUAGAAAAAUACAACAAUUCUGCUGCAAUAGAAAAAUACAACAACUCUGCUGCAAUAGAAAAAUACAACAAAUCUGCUGCAAUAGAAAAAUACAACAAUUCUGCUGCAAUAGAAAAAUACAACAAAUCUGCUGCAAUAGAAAAAUACAACAAUUCUGCUGCAAUAGAAAAAUACAACAACUCUGCUGCAAUAGAAAAAUACAAUAAUUCUGCUGCAAUAGAAAAAUACAAGUACUCUUCCCCCAUUGACAGCUACAAAUACUCUCCACUUAUGGAACGCUGUAGGUAUUCCCCCCCUGAGGAACGCAGUAGGUAUUCCCCUCCUGAGGAACGCUGUAAGUACUUCCCCCCUCAGGAACGCUAUGUUCCUCCCAAAUCUAGUCUGGUGGUAAACUACUCCCAGGGCAGCCCUGUUGUAUCCUCUGAUUAUGAACCUCUAGAUCUAAGUGUAGAACGAGGAUCUACCAUGAGGUUGACCGCUGGGCAAAACUAUGGAAUGGACCAGGCUGUCCACACUCAAAUGACCGGUAUGCCCAGAAUAUUCUUCAGACACUCGGACCAGGAGAAAUAAACAUUCACCUCAAGCUAAUCCCUAUAUCUUUGCAACCUGAUAUUAUAUAACAUUUGAUAUUUGUCACUUUGACAAUUUUAAUUUUGCAGUAUUCAUAGUUUAAAAAUAUCAGAUAUAAGGAUUAGAACACUUGUGGCGAGUAAACAGUUUCUUUGUGAUUUAUAUGUGAGCUUUUCUUGUGCUUGUUUGACAAUCACAUAUCAGUCAUUUUAUCAGUUUCCUCUUUGUGAUAAUUUUGAACAAUUCGAAACGAAAUUAAGGGUCAUUCGGAAACAAAUGGGACAACUUUUUGACAAUUAUGGAAGUGACUUUACCUCCGAUUUGACUGAAAAUUUUAAACAGUUUUUUUUAAAUCCCGUAAUUUUUUCAAACAAAAAAGUUGCAGGAUUUUUAAAAACCAUCUUUUAAGUUAUUGCUGCCCCCAUAAAAUUUUAUUUCAAACAUUAAGAUGUUUAUAAAAUUUUAGCAAAAACGGAGAUGGUUAUUUCUGUAAGCUGUCUCUUUUGUUCAGAAUGACCCCUUGUUGUUCAUUUGAAGAAUUUGACCCAGAGUACAAUGCACUUGAUAAAGAAUUUGAUAUUGUUAGUAAACACUUACUGGGUUUCUUUCAUAUGUAUGUUAUUAUAUAUUAUUAUUCGUAUUUUUUCACUUUUAAAAAUGUUUGUAGCACUUAGACUUGAAAAAUAUCAAUGCAU